GGGAACACCCCCACCAGCCCGCUGCAGAAGGCGCUGCUGGCGGCCGGCUCGGCGCUCGUGGCUCUCUGUGACCCCUACAGACACGACAUGGUGGCAGUCCUUGGGGAGACCACGGGCUGCCUUGCCCUGCCCAACCUGCGAGACAAGAUGAAAAACCACCCUGAAGGUUACCUCAUCCUCCAGGAAAGGCCUCGCAUCCGUCUCUCCACACUGGACAUGGCCAGGCUGCAGGGGCUGCCAGAGGGCUCCUUGGGCAGAGAGUAUGUCCGGUUCCUGGAGGACAACAAGGUUUCUCCCGACACCCGGAUGCCGCCCAAGUUUGUUGAUGAUGAAGAGCUGGCCUACGUGAUCCAGAGAUACCGUGAAGUCCACGACCUGAUGCACACCCUCCUGGGCAUGCCAACCAACAUGCUGGGUGAGGUGGUGGUGAAGUGGUUUGAAGCCAUCCAGACAGGGCUGCCCAUGUGUAUCCUGGGAGCAGCGUUUGGCCCCGUCCGUCUCAGCGCACGAAAGCUGCAGGUCCUGGCCACCGAGCUGGUCCCCUGGGCGAUCCGGAGCGGGCGCAACUCCAGCUGCAUCCUGAACAUCUACUACGAGCAGCGCUGGGAGCAGCCCCUGCAGGCCCUGCGGGAGGAGAUGGGCAUCUUCCCCCCCCCGGCUGUUCGGGUGUGA